CGAAAUAUUGAUGAAUCCGUAGGAUCCUAGCGGCUUUCUUCAAUUUCACAUGUUAACAGUUGAAUUAUCAAGAUGUACGAAGCUUCACCUUUGACGACCCAAAAUAUGUUUUUGAAUAAGUUGUAAUUGAAGACCAAAGUUCAUAUAUUACAUUUUUCUUUUUAUUACACGCACAGAGACAGCUUUCUUGUAUUACAACAAGUUGUAUAUUGUAAGUUUUAAUGGAACACAUGUUUUGAUCUCCUCUGAAUGUGAGAUAGUAUUACUUAUUAGUAAUAAUAGGAAAAAAAAUUGGAUCUUUUAGUUUUAAGAAAAUGAAUCGUUUUAUUUUGGGAUUACAAUUUCAUAAUUUUAGACAUUCUUCCAAAAUUGUGAAUAUUUUUUACAAUCCAUUGUCAGUAAGUAGUCCAAUCUCAGUGUGGAAAAUAUUAUCAAUCAAGUUAGCCACUAAUAGUAAUACUAGAGCAUUUAAAGAUUGUGAUUCAGAAUCUCACAAAAUUAGUGCUGAAAAUACUACUACUACUACAACUUGGACACCAAAUGCUACAGAAGAACGAGAAUCUGCCUUCAAAAGAACUUUCCGUGUUUUAAAAGAAGAUUUAUGGAACAUACGAAAUAGUCAAAUAAAUUCUAGGGAACAAAGAAUUCCAUCCGAAGUUGAUAUUGCUAUCAUAGGAGGAGGAAUAAUGGGUUCAUCAAUUGCCUACUGGCUAAAGCAACGUGCACCAGAAAGCUUCAAUCUUAUUGUACUGGAGAGGGAUCCUACUUAUACUUGUGCUUCAACCACCCUUUCAGUAGGAGGGAUUCGUCAGCAGUUCUCACUACCAGAAAAUAUUCAACUCUCAUUGUUCAGUGCUUCUUUUUUACGGAAUAUCAAAAGACAUCUUAGUGUACUGGAUCAAGAUCCACCAGAUAUAGCUUUUCAACCACAUGGAUAUCUGUUUCUGGCAACUGAGGAUGGGGCUGCACAGAUGGAGGCGAACCACAAACUUCAAGUUGAACUUGGUGCCAAGAUAGAUUUGCUGUCUCCAUCGAAGCUGAAAGAGAAGUUCCCCUGGAUACGCACAGAUGGGAUAGCACUAGCUUCUCAUGGCCUGGAAAAUGAAGGAUGGUUUGAUCCAUGGUCACUGCUUUCAGCAUUCAAGAGGAAAGCUAUUUCUCUAGGGGCUCAGUAUGUUGAUGGUGAAGUUAUAAAUUUUGAAUUUGAUAAAGAACAUGAAAAAAUCAUUGAAGAAUCAGAUGACCCAUACUAUAGUGUGAACCAUCUCUUGGUUAAAACAAAGACAGGAGAUAUAAAGAAAAUUAAGUUUGCUGUACUCAUUGUUGCUGCUGGACCUAGUACAGGACAGGUUGCAAAAAUGUUGAGAAUAGGAACUGGACCAGGUAUAUUGAAGCCUCCACUUCCUGUAGAACCCAGUUUUCUUUAUUUUUUUCCAUUUCAGUCUGAAGAACCAGAUGGUACAGACCUUGAUGUGGAUUACACAUUUUUCAACAAAUCUGUAUGGCCAGUACUUGCAGAAAGGGUGCCUGCUUUUGAAAAGAUUAAAAUGUUGAGUGCAUGGGCUGGUUUUUAUGACUACAACACUUUGGAUCAGAAUGCCAUAGUCGGACACCAUCCUUAUUACAAUAACAUUUUUUUUGCCACCGGGUUUAGUGGCCACGGAAUUCAAAUGGCACCAGGAGUAGGUCGGGCGGUUAUGGAAUUAAUAUUGGAUGGAAGUUAUGAGUCGAUUGAUCUUACCCGUUUUGGUGUGAAACGAGUAAUUAUGAAUGAACCGCUAUUGGAAAGAAAUAUAGUUUAGUUUUCAUUAACAUAAUGUUGCUGUUGGUGUAAAUGUUUAAACAUAAUAUUUUAUAUGUUUUACUGAACUGAUCUGCAGCUCUUUUUAUGAAUAUCCCAUGAACAUUUUAUAUAAACCUAAUGAUAGGUUUAGUAAAGUAAAAAAUGUUAGAUUUACUUUUAUGCAACUACUACAGCACGUAGAGCUAACUGAGCUAAGAUCAUUUGUAUUACUUGCAUAAAAAUAGCAAUGUUCAAAAAAUAUACUGUAGAAAAUAAUGAAUAAUUAUAUUAGAGAAAAAAACGGGUGUGAAAUUUAUUCUGAAUGUUGUGCAGUGAAUCAUUUAAUGACGUACAUUUUGUACACUUCAUACUUUAUCCCUAUUUACAAGACAUUACAGAGCUUGAAAUAACUAAAACAUGAUGUUAUGCUAGUCAGAUUUUUGUUGACAAAACCCAGUAUGGUGACAACAUGAAGUUUUUUUAUUUUAUUUCAUUAUUUUUUUAUAUUUUCUUGUAUAGAUAACUGAAACU